AUGAGUGAAGAGUAUAUGAGCAGUUCCCUUAGCUCGCUGAGCUUGAUGGAGGUCAACUAUACGCUUGCGUUGAAGUUCUUCAUGAGCAAAGAUCUUUCAAAGUCGUUUGACAUCUUGCGUAAGGAAUAUCCCCAACUUUUCUCCAGGGUUUUAUCUGGGGUAAUCAGCGAACCGGUGUUUGUCAAAGUGCUUAACUUAUAUUUGACUGAAGUGGGCUUGGUCUUACAGUCCAAACACGAGUUUAAGGUGUCGAAGGCAGAGAGACAGAAUAUUUUGGUUCAGUUGAACGACGACUACAUCCUUUCCCAGUUGGUGCUAAUCUACCAUGAUGUGAACCAAAUCCCAUCUGAAGUGUUGUACAACUUAUAUUUGAUCUACUACAUCGGUCUUGACUUGCCCACCGUCAACACCAAAAUCACUCAACUAUACGCCAAGUUGAGGUUUUCACCAACUACUCCCGAUACGCAUUUGAAGAAAUUGGUCGAGUUGAUUGCAUUGCGGGUGUUGCCAGAGUUGCAAUUAUAUCAGGAUGCCCGGCUAUUGAUAGCAGAAAACCCUCUUCUUGUUGACAAGGAGAUAUAUCUUAACCGAGUAGCGGAAAUGGAGAAAGAUAAAGCAAAGGAAAAGGACCAGAAAGAGAGAAACAAGCAAAACCAAGUCAGGGAACAGCUGCAGCGAGAGCAUCAACAGAAACUUGAUAAGGACUUGAAAUAUCGUUCUUUAAAACAGAUUCGAGAGCAACAAUCCACUACAGAUGGUGUCAGUGUGCUGAAGCCGUCACGGGGGACAGGAAGUGAUUUGAACACUUUGAAGGAUAAGCUUUUGUAUAAUCUCAACUUCAGUCGCAAGUGGCUCAAAGAUAACUCGCCGAUGAUACUUUUUGUGUUGAUAGUGGUAAUAAUUGGCAACCGAUUUCUUAGGGCCAAAAAGAUCGAUGUUGUGAAGAACGUGAAAGAGACGUUGAAGAUGGCGUUUAAGAUCAGUUAUCUUUAG